AUGUUUAUUUAAUGGUUCAAGUUAGAGCGCCGCAAUCGCGGCACAUUUUUCUUUUCUCUUUUUCUAAAUGAUUUUAUGAUUCAUUUGUAUUCCUUCAUUUUUACCGUAGAUAUCUUGCUCAUUUUUACAAUGGAAGCGGUAGCAACCGCUUUUCUAUCUGCAUCCUUGGAGUGGUUAAUGGACAAGUUGGGUUCCAAGUCCAGUGAGUUAUGGAAUCGACAGAAGCAGGUUCGUGAUGAGUUGCAAAAUUGGAAGAGUCUUUUGCCCAAAAUAUGGGUUGUGCUUGAUGAUGCGGAGAAGAGGCAAACAGCCAAUCCUGCUGUGGAGAUGUGGCUUUCUGACAUCAGAGAUUUGGCUUAUGAUAUGGAGGAUGUCCUUGAUGGACUAGAGGCUGAUGAACGAAGAAAGAAAUUGACUGCCAAAACUGAUAGACCCUGCACAAGUAAGGCGCGACAACUGAUUCCCUCGUGCUUCACUGGUUUUAAUCUCGAUGUUUUCAUCCCUGGUUGUGAGGCUGUUUCCAAGAUAAAGGAGAUUUCUGGCAGACUGGAACGUGCUGUGAGAGAGAAGGAAGCCCUGGGCUUGAAAGUUGAAGAGGCCGGAACUAGCGUAACAGCUCCACGAUGGGAGCCGGCCACUACUUGGUUGCCUGAACCUCAUGUUUAUGGUCGGGAAGGCGACAAAAAUGCCAUUCUUCAAAAGUUGUUGAAUGAUGAAGGUGACUGAA